ACGAACGCAAGCCGCGUACGAUCGCAUUGCAACAAACGCGACAAGCGCAUACACUUUGUUGAUAAUCCUAGUUUUUGCUUCAAAUAACUACUUAAUUUUCUGAUUCUUUGUUAACAAGGAAGUUUUUUCACUAUGUAUUUAACCGGUACAAUAUCCAUGUUCGUCAUAUUUAUAUCAGUGACAAACGCAUUACCACCAUGCGUUUGCACGCGAGAAAAGAGUCCCGUAUGCGGUUCCAACGGAAAAACCUAUAGUAACUUCUGCAUGCUAAACUGCGCGCGCGCAUCUGAACCUAACCUCUCCCUACAAAGUUACGGCGGAUGCGAAGCUCCCCCAGUUACAUCAGACAAUUGCAUAUGCACGUUCGAAUUCAAUCCUGUAUGCGGCACAGAUGGUGAAACUUAUCCAAAUCCAUGCACUCUCAAAUGCCGCCAGAGACAAUUACACAGACUAGACAUCAGCCAUAAAGGAGCAUGUAGGAACAUUCGAGAUGUCGAUGAGUCUUGCGGUUGCAAGAAUAGAGAAACAAAAUUAGUCUGUGGCACAGAUGGUAUCACGUACAACAAUCCUUGUCUAUUAAACUGUGCUCGCGAAACAAAUCCUGAUUUACACGUACUCCAUGUUGAUUCUUGUGAUGAAAGUAAAGAUGAUUUUCCUAAAAACAACCGUUGUGCGUGUACGAGGAAUCUACAGCCCGUGUGCGCGUCUAACGGAGUUACUUACGGCAACAAAUGUCUUAUGAAAUGCGCGGGAAAUCACCUCACUGUAAAAGGACUUGGAUCUUGCGAUGAAUUUUAAUGUUGUCAUUAAUUUAAGAUGCGUCAUUUCGAACAAAGCAGUUACAUCGCUAAAGGAAUUUAUAAAGCUUGCCAAAUUAUUGUGGGUGUGAGUUAUUUUUUAUAUUUUACGCAAUAAAAUAUUGCAAAUGUGAUACGAAUUAGGUUAUAUUUUAAUGGAAUCAAAUGAAGCUUUAAUUUUUUUUUAUUAUUUAAUCUAUUUCUAAAUUAAGUGCACAGAUUAUAAAAUAAUGUUGCUAUUGUAACAUCGUGCCGUGUGAAACAUUGUGAUUGUUUUGUAAAUAAAGAUUAAAUUGAAACCAAGAUUGUUUGCAAAUCGUACGAACGAAUGGUUUAUGGUAAAAGUAUCCAAUUUUACAUUGUCAUUGGAAACUUUAGUAAUGUAGAUAAAAAGUUUUUUGUUUGUUUUCUUUGGUUACAAAAAUUGUGUGAUUUUUUUAUUGUUAAGUUAUUAUAUAAUUUACAAAUUUGUCUUUAUAAUAAAUUGUUAUGAUGUUAUGAAA